AAUGACAAGAACACUGCAACUGCUACUGCAUAAAGUCUAGUGAUUUUUGCUCCUCCACCAUACCCACCCGCCUAAAAAAUUCAUAGAAGCCAUGAAUUUCUUCAAGUGGGUCAACUGGUUCAUCAUUUUCCUCUGCUUUGCUGCAACACAGAUCUUCUCAGAUGAACACUCUGCAACCAAGUUUCUGGAUUUUGCAAAGGAGCCUCAGGUUUUUGAUUGGAUGGUGAAUAUCAGGAGGAAGGUUCAUGAGAAUCCAGAACUGGGUUAUGAGGAAUUUGAGACUAGUAAGCUGAUUAGAGCAGAAUUGGAUAAAUUGGGUAUCACAUAUAAACAUCCAGUUGCAGUUACAGGUGUUAUUGGCUUCAUAGGGACUGGACUUCCCCCUUUUGUUGCAAUUAGGGCUGAUAUGGAUGCUCUUCCUAUGCAGGAAAUGGUGGAGUGGGAACAUAAGAGUAAAGUACCUGGAAAGAUGCAUGCUUGUGGUCAUGAUGCUCAUGUUACUAUGCUUCUAGGUGCUGCAAAGAUCCUCAAGGAGCACGAAAAAGAGAUAAGGGGAACUGUUGUUCUUGUUUUUCAACCAGCAGAAGAAGGAGGUGGAGGGGCUAAGAAAAUUUUAGAUGCCGGGGCCUUAGAAAAUGUCUCUGCGAUAUUUGGAUUGCACGUCUCACAUAGAGUACCAGUAGGUGAAGUGGCCUCCAGGUCUGGUCCUAUGUUUGCAGGAAGCGCUUUCUUUGAAGCAGUAAUAAGUGGAAGGGGAGGCCAUGCAGCUAUUCCUCAGCAUUCUAUAGACCCCAUAUUGGCAGCUUCCAAUGUGAUUGUUAGCUUACAACAUAUUGUUUCUCGCGAGGCUGAUCCUCUUGACUCCCAGGUUUUGACUGUAGCAAAAUUUCAAGGAGGUGGUGCUUUCAAUGUCAUUCCAGACUCUGUCACAAUUGGUGGCACCUUCCGAGCCUUUUCAGAUGAAAGUAUCAUGCAAAUGAGACAUCGGAUUGAACAGGUUAUCAUUGGACAAGCUGCUGUGCAGAGGUGCAAUGCAACAGUCAGCUUCCUUGAUGAAGAGAAACCUUUCUUCCCUCCAACAGUAAACAAUGGUGACUUGCAUGAGCAUUUUCAAAGUGUUGCUAAGAGCUUGCUUGGCGUCAAUAAAGUAAAUGGCAUGGAACCAUUGAUGGGAUCUGAGGACUUUUCAUUCUACCAACAAGUUAUUCCCGGAUACUUCUUCAUGCUUGGAAUGGAGAAUGCUUCUAUUGGACAUUUUGAGUCACCACACUCUCCAUAUUUCAAAGUCAAUGAAGAUGCACUUCCUUAUGGAGCUGCACUUCAUGCAUCAUUAGCUACUAGAUAUCUUCUCACAUAUCAUCAGGACAUACCAAUAACAAAGGGAAAUUCUCAUGAUGAAUUAUAACAAACGCCCUUGCUCUUGGUGCAAUAAGGAGGUAGGGUGGCAUUGGUAUGGCAUUAGGGUUGUAAAUGAAUUUCAUUUAAAUUCAAAUAAUUCCAUAGGCUUCUGUUUUUUGUUA